AUGGAGAUAGAGGUGAUGAUACCCUCACCGGCGGUGGACUUCAACUUCGACAGUGCAUGCACAUCUCCGUACAUAAGCGCCCCUUCAAGCCCUCAACGCUUCGGCAACUCUUUCUUCAGCGCCCCAACCAGCCCCACCCGCGCCUCCUCCUUCUACCGCGAAUUCAACAACUUCUGCAACUCCGACGCCGCCGCCACUGAUAAUUCUUUGUCGGAGAUUCCGUUCAAUUGGGAAGAAAAGCCCGGAAUUCCCAAAACAGAAGGGACCAAAAAUAUCAACCACGAUGACGAUACAGAAUUCGCAUUUGAUUUCAGUGGACAUUUGGAGAGAACUUCCCUUUCCGCCGAUGAACUCUUUGAUGGCGGCAAGAUCAAGCCUCUCAAACCACCGCCCCGCUUACAAUACUCCGAUAAUGGAAUGGUUGAUUCUCCGAAGUCACCUCGAUCGCACAAGAACAUGUUCAGAGAAGCUUUGUCCCCGCGACACAGAAGGAAAGAUUUUGAUCCUUUCGCUGCGGCAAUAGAACAAACACGUAGAGAGCAUAGUCAAGAACACACAAAUAAACAACGUGGAAGAGAAAGAACUCACAAUUCAUCAGGUACCGCCACUAUUCGACACAAAGCAACAAGAUCUUUAUCACCAUUUAGGGUUUCCGACAUAUUAUUCGAUCAAGAAACCAAUCAACAGAGCCCAAAGAAUUCUUCUUCAUCAUCAACAUCUGGGUCGGCGGCAUGGUACAGAAAAUGGAAUCUAAAGGACUUUUUGCUGUUCCGGAGUGCAUCAGAGGGACGAGCCACUGACAAGAACUUGAAGAAUUACGAUUUGUUAAAGAAGAAUCACCAUGAGGAUGUGAACUCAAGUUUUAGGUCUACAGGGAGUUCAGGCUCAGUGUCGAGCUCGAGAAGGAGAGUGCCGGUUUCGGCUCACGAGUUGCAUUACAAGGUAAACCGGACGGUGUCGGAGCAGAUGAGGAAGAAGACUUUCUUGCCUUACAGGCAGGGCUUAUUGGGUUGCUUGGGGUUCAACCCUGGGGGUUAUGAGAUUUCUAAGGGGCUUGGUUCUUUGGCUAGGGGAUGA